AUGCAGCCUCAGACGGCGCCUUCGCCUCUGAGCAUCUUCGACGCGCCAUUCCUCGACGGCGACUUCGACUUCCAAGCAUUUCUGCCGCCCAUGCCACAGCAGCAGCAGCCCGUCGACACAUCCAUGCACGACGCGCAUCAUCAUCAUCAUCCCCAGCCUCCGCCCUCCGACAGGCGCCAAGAAUGCCUCCAGAAGCUCGCAGACCUGCACUCGGCGCUGAUGGCCGACCUCAACACGGUGCGCGCCUCCAGAGUGGCAACCGAGUCCUCCAUCACCACCCUCCGCGCCGACGCCGCCGCCCACGAGAACUGCAGCUGCAACGUCCCCAUCGGCCGCAUGCUCACCACCUCCGCCCAGCUGCUCGAGAUCCUGCAUUACUUCCUCCCCUCCCCCGCAUCCUCAUCCCCCUCUUCAUCUCCCCCUCCUCCUCCACCCGCCUCAUCCACCUCCCCAGAAGACUCAGAGCUGCUGCUACUGCGCCCCGACAUCCCCACCACCCUCUCCAUCCUCGCCUGCUACGCCGCCCUGCGCCGCAUCUACCGCACCAUCUUCGCCACCAUCGACGCCUCGCUGCAGAACUUCCCGCCGCCGCUGCGCUCGUCCGCCCUCCCACCGCUUUUCCCUGGACUGGCGCUCGGCGGCUUCCAGCUCGGCGGGAACGUCGGGUUGCAGGUGCUGAUCGUCGCACAGCUGAGCGAGAGCAUGAUGGCUAAGAUUGAUGCGGCGUUGGGAGUGGGUGGUGAUGGUGGAGGAGGAGGAGGUGGUGGGCUUGUCGGGAGGCAGCCGGCGGCGAAGGGGGUGUUGGAGGCGGUGGUGAGGGAGGAGGAGGCGGAGGGCGCGGAGGAGGGGAUUCCGGGGGGUGAGAGGCCGCUGAGGGAGAUUAUUGGGUGUGUGAAGCGCGCGUGUUGA